CCAUCUGAGCCCCCCUCUUUCCCCCAUGUUGCCGAUUUCUCUUCCGCCUCUUCAUCGGCGAGUGCACGGCCGGAAGCUUCCUUCGAUCUCUCCGCCUUCGUUUGGAUCCCUCCGCCUUCGCUGCGGGAUCGAUUCAAACCCCAUCGGCUGCUGAUUGCAACUUCCAUGGCUCUGACGAACUUGUAUCUCAAGGAAUCGAGGACUUCCUAUUUUCUCGUGAUCUGUUUCCUCUUGGUCUUCAUCUGAUCGCCGUCUUUUUGUUCGGGGUAUUCUUUUUGUUGAGCGCAGAGUUUUUGGAUCUUUUUGUUCGAGCAUGCCGUGCGUUAGGCCCGAUCCGGCGGACAAAGAUGCGGAGCCGUUCGUGGAGAUUGAUCCCACUGGGCGGUACGGGAGAUACGACGAUUUGUUGGGCGCAGGUGCCGUGAAGCGGGUGUACCGUGGAUUCGAUCAGGAGGAGGGCAUCGAAGUGGCGUGGAACCAGGUGAAGCUCAGGAUCUUCAGGGAGGAUCAGCCGAUGAUGGACCGGCUGUUUGCCGAGGUGCGACUGCUGCGGUCGCUGCGGCACGAGAACAUCAUUACGCUCUACAACGUGUGGACGGACGACGAGGGUAACACGCUUAACUUCAUCACCGAGGUCUGCACCUCCGGCAACCUCCGUGAGUAUCGGAAGCGACAUCGCCAGGUUUCGAUCAAGGCUCUCAAGAAAUGGUCGCGCCAGAUACUGAUGGGGCUCGACUAUCUGCACAACCACGAACCAUGCAUCAUCCACCGCGACCUCAACUGUUCCAACGUGUUCAUCAAUGGCAACAUCGGCCAGGUGAAGAUAGGGGAUCUUGGGCUAGCGGCGAUCGUGGGGAAGAGCCACGCAGCACACUCGAUUCUUGGCACACCGGAGUUCAUGGCGCCGGAGUUGUACGAGGAGGACUACACGGAGCUGGUAGACAUCUACUCGUUCGGGAUGUGCGUGCUGGAGAUGGUGACGCGCGAGAUCCCCUACAGCGAGUGCGACAGCGUCGCCAAGAUCUACAGGAAGGUGACCGCCGGUCUGCGGCCGGCGGCCAUGGACAAGGUCAAGGACCCCGAAGUCAAGGCCUUCAUCGAGCGGUGCCUCGCCAAACCCCGUGCUCGCCCUUCCGCCUCCGAGCUCCUCAGGGAUCCGUUCUUUCUCUUCCUCGACGACGACAGCUACGACGCUGCCCUGCAUCCGCCAUCUCUGCCUCAGCCUCGGCCACGCCCGCUGCCGGCAGACGCUGCCCAUAUCUCUUCCCGCCGGAUUGCCUGAAUGCAUACCAACACCAGUAAACAUCUCUGCUCAAGUGCACAUAUGAUUUGACUUCGUUGCCUUUUAAUUUUGGUUUGCAAUACGUCGGUGCGUGCGUCGUUCGUAGCCGUGGAAUCAUGCCUGUUUGCUUGCAUUUUUUUUUUUUAAUAUCGGCAUUCCUUUUCAGUCAAAGUCAAGUUUGAUUAUUAGAAGUCGUUCGAUUUGUUUAGUUC